ACCCCGACCUGCGACCCAUGAUAAAUUACCCGACCUGUCACGGGGUGGGUCUGAGUACCAAGAAACCCGCCUCGUAUCUGCCCAUUGUCAUUCCUAGCCCUAACCGAAUUGCUCAAUGAUUCGUAUCAAAAGCGGAGCUGAAUUUUUGGGCCAGAGCCCAUCACCAACUUUUCAUCCGUCCGCCCAAGGCCCAAACCCUUCAAAAGCCCGGGAAAGUGGAGGCCGAAACACCACUGUUUUGUCUUUGUGCUGGGAAGAAUCACACGUGUCACGUGUUCUUCAAACUUCAGUUACCAACGUUUGGGACAGCCGGACAGGGGAGACGUCAAAAUAUGAUAUUUUCCAUGCACAAACUACAGGCUGUGGAAUUGUUCGGCAGCCAGUUGCCGUUCGGUGGAUGUGGAGAAGAAGAAGAAGUUUCGCAUAAGACAGGGAACUGUGACGAAUUAUCGUCCUUUUCGCAAAAGUCAGAUGGGCUGCCGGCAGCCGCGUGUAAUCCUUUUUCGACUACUAGAGGGAAGUUGCUUGCGUCAGGAUUACUAAUUCUGCACCGGCGGGAGAACGACAGAACCGACAAUAUAUUUGGGCACCGCGUAACUUUGUGCUAACCUCUCUUUCCAGCUAUCACUUACGCCCCAAAUGGUCAAAUCAAACAAUUUAUCCCGGAAAAUCCACAACCCUACACAACUUGCUCCAUUUCUACACAUUAAUUAAUUAAUUUUAUUUUCUCUUGUUUUUAUGACGUUUAAUUAAUUUUAACUUAGUUGCAUUUUAUUAAUUAUUUAAUUAUCCAUGUGAAGAGAAUCAAUAUGAGAGAGAGAGACCCCCCAGUUGGCGCCGAUCCUCUAAUCAAUCCCGCUAUCAACUGCACAUGUGCUGUUUCUUUCAUCUUCCAGCGUCCCCUCACCGUUGAUUUCAUGAUCUGGAUCUUGAUCCAACGGCCUUGAUCCGGUCAGCCCCAUCUCACAAACCGCACUGGAUCAUUCCCCUCAUCCAUUUUACUUCCGAUCCGCGUAAUAUUCCAGAGACGACGUGCUUACGUGCAAAUGGCACGCAGAAUUAUUCCUCCAACUGGCUUGGUCAGCCAUCCGGCUACGUACCGGACCGAAACAGACCAAGUCAAUCACUCGGCUUUCCAACUAAAUUGAACCGGUACUUAAUGACAAAUGACAAUUCGCAACUUGAAAAAAAGGAUGCAUAACUGGUUCGAUUCAAUCGUGUCGUAUCAAACCGGACAUCGAGUCAGCGACCAUCCCUGGGUUCCAUAAGCUAACAGAAUCGGUUCGGUUCAAAACCAAUCCAGGCCAGUUCAACGUGAAUUAUUUUCCCAUUUAUUAAUGACUCCAAUUUAAAUAUUUAAAUUUUUUAUGUGGUCUCUUCUUCUAUCAUUCAUCUCUUCUCUGAGGAGUCUCCAGCUCUCGCUCACACCUCGCUACUGUCUCGCCACCGACUGCCACGAAUCUCAAAUCACACCCUCGAUUUCCCAUUUAUUUACGAUCCCGCCACUCUUCCAAAUUCCUUCUCGCCUUCCUCUCUCCCAGCUCCGGCGCCCGGCAGGUAGCGCCAUUAUCAAAUCCCACGGUCUUCAUUUUCCCGGUGAGUCGUCCGGCGAUUUCUUCUUUUCCCCGGCCUGGUGGUGGUGACUCGGGGAAACGACGAGUCAAUAUGCUGGAAAAGUGCAUCGGCCAGCAGCGGGUCCGCCGGAUCCAGCGCGCGGCGCGGCAGGCGAAAAUCACAUUCCUCUGCCUCUUCAUGACCGUCGUCGUCAUGCGCGGGAUGCUCGGCGCCGGCAAGUUCGGUACUCCGGCGCAGGACCUCGACGACCUGACGACUCACUUCUACGCGGCCAGGAAGCACGGUGAGCCCCACCGCGUGCUCGUCGAGGCGCAGCCGGAGAACGAGAACGGGAGCGAGAACGAUCCGAAGAACUACGCGACGUUCGACUUCAACAAGAUCUUGAAAGACGAAGGAGGCGAGGAAGAGAAGCCAGAUCCGAACAAGCCGUACACGCUGGGGCCGAAGAUUUCCGAUUGGGACGAACAGCGAGGCGAGUGGCUGAAGAGAAACCCUAAUUUCCCCAAUUUCAUCAGGGAGAACAAGCCGCGGGUGCUGCUGGUGACCGGAUCUUCCCCCAAGCCAUGUGAGAAUCCGGUCGGCGACCAUUACCUCCUGAAAUCGAUUAAGAACAAGAUCGAUUACUGCCGGCUCCACGGGAUCGAGAUCUUCUACAACAUGGCCCUGCUCGAUGCGGAAAUGGCUGGGUUUUGGGCCAAGCUGCCGUUGAUUAGGAAGCUGCUGCUGUCGCAUCCGGAGGUUGAGUUUCUAUGGUGGAUGGACAGUGAUGCGAUGUUCACCGACAUGGCGUUCGAGCUGCCGUGGGAGAGGUACAAGGAUGUGAAUCUAGUGAUGCACGGUUGGAACGAGAUGGUUUACGAUCAGAAGAACUGGAUUGGGUUGAACACAGGUAGCUUCCUGCUGAGAAAUAAUCAGUGGGCGUUGGAUCUUCUCGACGCCUGGGCGCCCAUGGGGCCUAAAGGGAAGAUUAGGGACGAAGCUGGGAAAAUCCUUACACGGGAGCUGAAAGGAAGACCUGUUUUCGAAGCCGAUGAUCAGUCUGCCAUGGUUUAUCUGCUUGCCACGCAGAGGGAUACUUGGGGGAACAAGGUAUAUUUAGAGAGUGGGUACUAUUUGCACGGUUACUGGGGGAUUUUGGUUGAUAAGUACGAGGAAAUGAUCGAGAACUACCACCCGGGAUUCGGCGAUCAUCGAUGGCCAUUGGUGACCCAUUUCGUGGGUUGCAAGCCUUGUGGGAAAUUCGGGGACUACCCGGUGGAGAAAUGCUUGAAGCAAAUGGAUCGUGCCUUCAAUUUCGGUGAUAAUCAGGUUCUUCAGAUAUAUGGGUUCACCCACAAAUCUCUGGCCAGUAGGAGAGUGAAGCGGGUUCGUAACGAGACGGGCAAUCCUCUCGAAGCGAAGGACGAUCUCGGGUUGAUGCACCCUGCUUUUAAAGCUGUGAAGGUCGAUGAUUCUACAAUGUAAUUGCUUCUGUUUCUUCAGCUUGUGGUGGUAGUGGGAUGGCAAGGCAACAGAUCAAAAAGUUUAUUGUAUUCCCUUGUUUACACCUUUUGUGAUUCUUGUUUUGUUAAUUUAGUUCCAUAUCUUUUUUUGGGCCUUCCUCAAGGAGAUGUACCAAAUUUUUGGAAAAGAAACAGUGGUGGGGAAAGUGAAAAGAACAGAGAUUUGCCAAUCUUACUGUUUGUUAGAAAGAGCUAUAGUGUAUGUGGAUGAGAUUGUUCCUCUCUGGUGUGUUGGAAAUUUGGAUUGUAGCUGUCUGCAUUUGGCUUAGAAAGGUUUGCUUUACCCUCAGUAGCUAUCAGAUCAGAUUAGUGCUUGGCCUAGAGAGCUAUAUCUCUUACUUGGUGUGCUGCUGAUGUGCAAUUAUGUUGUUAGGCUGAAUGUCUUAUGAGAGUGGUUCUGUAGAGUAUGGAAUACGAGUUCGGUUUUUCGGGUUGUUAAGUUCAGUCAGUUACUGAAGGGCAGUUAUUGUUGUUUGAGCUAGUUUAGGAAGGAUGAUCUGGUUGAAGGUCUGACUCUCCUGAGCUGGAGUUUCUUUUGUGUGAACUGGAGCUUGUUAGUCUGGGAGCAUUGGUCUCCGAAACCGUCUUUGUAAUAUACCAGUCUACGAGCCUCGCUGGGAAAUGCAGCCCUCAGCCAUGGCCUUCGAGUUUCAUCGUCAUCAUUUUCUGGCUGUUGGCCGAACUUCCAUACAAAGGAGAGCAAGUAGAUGCAAAGUCUGGUGGAAGGGUUGUUGAUUAGCUUGUUCUGCUCUUCGUAUUUGCAGGCAAAGCGCCUUCCUAUGUUCUUUCAAGCUGGAGUGUUGAUUGCAUAAAGAGUUUGGACUGGGAACCAAACAGUUCCUUGAGCUUUACUCCUCUAGCUCAGCUGUAAACGCUAUCUAGAUGUACGUCACUGUUGAAGAAGGUUUGUCGGAUUUUGUGAUGAUGAAAAUAGGACUUGAUUCUCAUUGAUAAUCCUAUCAGCUAAUAUACAUGGCCAGACGAGGGAAAGUAGCAACAGAAAGAUAACAGAAAGCUUGGUAAAAUACCUCGAUUAUUUUUAUUUCUAGAAAAUACUUCAGAUAACACUAAAUUAUCAGAAUUGUGAGAGCUAUAAUACUUAAUUAAUAAUUCCCGUGUUAUUGAACUCUAUUAUAUGUGUAUUCGGUACCACUUAAAUUUAUUGUUAAGUGUAUUUUAUUAAAAAUGAUAGAAUAUUUUUAGAAAUUUCGUUUUCUAAAUUUAAGAUUUAGUGCUUCUACUUUUUUAUUGUAAAUAAUAUUUUGGAUUUAUGAAAAAUAUCUUUUUUAUUAUUUAGUUGGAAUCCUCUUUUGAAAACUCUAUACCAAACCAAUUUUUGAAUAGUAAAUUUAGAAUCAAUUA